CAAUUUCUGAAAAUUUUUAUUUUACAAAUUAAAUAUUUUGAAUACGCUCAAGUGAGAACACAUAAAGACACUGUUCAGAACCAGCUACUCACUUGGUGACGGCUACGGCGAUAUCGUACACGGGCAGUCUUCGUUCUUUAAACAGCAAACAUGGGAUCGGAAAAGAAGAAUGUUUACGAUUUCAUGGUCACGGCAAACAGACCGUUCAGUGGUAACGACGUGUUUUCAAAUUUACAGCGACAGGGUAUCGGAAAGUCGGCCGUGGAAAAAGCGCUCGAUCAGUUGGUGAAGGAAAAUAAGAUCUUCAUGAAGUUGAACGGCAAGCAGAAGAUUUACUGUGUAGUGCAGCCAGACUCAACGGCGGAAGACCAAAAGGAAAUUCAAUCGAUCGACGAGGAAUUGGUGAAAAUUACCGAGGCACUACGUGAAGUCGAGCGCAAGUAUAAACAAUCCGAAAUCGAAGUAAAAACGCUCCAGAGCACCUGCAGUAUCGAGGAAAUAAAAAGCAAGGUGUCCGAGACCGAAAAAAUCAUUUUAGAACUAAAAUCGCAUUUGGAAAAAAUGUCUAAAACAGGUGGUAACGUGGUGUCGUUAAAGGAUAGAGAAAAGGUGAAGAAGGAAUACGAAACGGUUACUAAAGAGUAUAGGAAACGCAAACGCAUGUGUACAGACAUAUUGGACUCGAUCUUGGAGAACUGUCCGAAACCGAAAAAAGCUCUUUUCGAAGAAAUCGGAAUCGAAACCGACGAGAGUGUCGCCAUGCCAGCACUGUGAGCGCAACCGCCGGAUUGAAAAUAUUAUUAUUAUUUUAAUUUUAUAUGUCUAUAAUGUUUAAACUCUGUUUACCCGUGAUAUUAUGAUUCCCGCGAUGCUUAUACGUAUUUUCGGGCCCUUGAGUAAUCUGUACCUGAGGUCCACACCGUUCCAGAAGGACACAAAGUAACGUUUAAUCUGUACAUUGUCUCCUCCGUGCAACCUGUAUACAAAUCACAAAAUGGUUUUAUUUAAAAUGUACCAUAGUUAUUAUUUGUUUGAAUAAACCAUUAUAAUAUUAUGUUAA